AUGGCAAACAAGCCUCUGCGCGACUGGCUCUACCUGGUCAUCAUCGCCCUGCAGCUCAUCGGCAUGAUCGCGAUGGACCUCGUCGAGUUCUACCCGCGGCCGCUGUGGGAGCCUGCCGGCUCGCCGCUGCACUUCCUCGUCGGCCUGCGCCGGCGGUACGUCGCCGCCUCCGGCGACCCCUUUGUCGCCAGCGCCCACCCGCCGCCGUGGUUCGUCGCCUUCCUCUACAUCGAGGGCCUCGCGCAGUGCCCGCUCGCCGCGUACCUCGUCUCACAGCUGUCUGCGUCGCGGCGGAAGUGCAUGGGCGGGCCGGGGGAGGUUGCGGGGCUGGCGUUUGGGUGCCUCACGUUCAUGGGCUCGGCGACGUGCUGCUACGAGCUGCUGCACAUGGGGCCUGCGGUGCUGGCGGCGGACAAGAAGACGCGGCUGCUGUACGGGACCUACCUCCCGUACGUCAUCAUUCCGGGGGUGAUGGCGGUGGACAUGGCUCUGCGACUGCUUCGUCGUGUGCAGGAGGACGGCGUCAAGGACAAGAAUGAAUAG